AUGAUGGACCCUCAAGAAGAAGUCGUACCAACCGAGCCCCUGUUUCGCCCAGCAAAAAAGCGCAAGUUCAUGCGACGACGUCCCGAUCCUGAGCUCGCAGACACCGAAGAGGCCGAUAAUCAAGAUGAGAAUCCCAGCGCGUCACAAGCUCCAGGGAGCAGUAAUAUUCGACGCCGCGCAGUUCGAAAGGGUGGCAUUGGGUUUUCUACCGCAUCACGACUAGGAGAUGAUCAGGGCCAGCAAGUGGCGCUAGUACCAGCAGCCGGAGAAACCGAGGACGAGAAGAUACGAGCAAUGAAUGAACGUUUCACAGGAUAUACCGGUCAGACAGUGGAUGUUGACAAGCACAUGAUGGCAUUCAUAGAUUCCGAGAUGGCUAAGCGCUACCAACCUGAAUCAAAGGCGGAUCAUUCAGGUUCCAACCAACCAACCCAAGCGGAAGUCGCCGGGGGGCUGUCAGUGUCUGGACACCAGACUCGCGAACCUGCAUCGCUAGGAAAACUCCACGAAAUCGACCUCGGCCAAGAAGCCACAUUGCGAAAUAUUGCGCGGACAGAAGCUGCGACUCGGCAAAUGGCCGAGAAGGGAGAAUUGCCGACGUCAGCGGAUCAUGCUACUUCAGAGACGGGUCGCCCUGGCCCAGAUGGCAAGUCAUGGCGCAAUCGCAAGCAGAGGACAGAAGCAGACAUCGCAAGAGAUCGUCUUGUGGAGGAGGUACUGCGUGAGAGCAAAUUGGAAAUUUAUGAUGAACAUGAGGAGGAAACCCAGAUGGAUGACCAACAGGCUGCCGAUGACCGCGUUGCUGAGCAGUUCAGGCGAGACUUUAUGGAUGCGAUGCAGUCUCGGCGUCGGACUCGGCCCGCAGCAAAACCGGUGGCCAAUGUUGAAGGGCCUCGGGGUCCGAAGCUUGGGGGCAGUCGCAGUGCGAGAGCUGCAAUGCGGGAAAAAGAAGCACAGGCGGGAAAGAAAUGA